AACUUGUUGCUUGUCCCAUGCUGGAUGCUUGGCAGUGAAUGUCAACCAAAUGUCAAUUAUCGUACGGUUUUCAAGUGCCGAGUGAUGGAUUAAGUAAAGUCAGUUUUGACAUAGCAGAAUCAUUACAACGGUCGGGCUGAGCUUUUUUUUAUAAUAAAAUAAACCACACGCCCACAGUUGCAACUAGUUUUAUUGAGAUUUAUGGCUCCUAACCUAAGAUCUUAACCUCUAGAUCCUCGUUGUCUUCAGGUUUGCGUGAUUGUUUUGUGCAGUGCUCAGUCUUUGAUCAAUUUAGUAAUAUUUUGAAGUGAGUCAACUUUGUGAAAAUGGAUUAUCAAUCAGCGGAGAUCGUGGCAACUUGUGCUGCACUAGGGCACUACAACGGGAUCAAGUAUCAGCUGGAUAAGGACUGCGUCCAGACACUCAAGGAUCUCAUCAGAUACUUGAAAAGAGAUGAUCACAACCAUACAAUUAGACGUUACCUUGGUGCUUCUAAAGUCCUGCAAACUGAUCUUAUGAGAAUACUUAUCGAUCACUCUGACAAGAAAGAAUUAUUUGAAGUUCUCCUAAGAUUACUCAUAAAUUUAACCGAACCAGCAUUCCUGCUGUAUAAUGAGCAGGUGCCAAAAAAUAGCACAGAGCGUAACUAUUACCUGCAGAUCAUUUCCCAUCUUCAGAAUUAUAAGAUGGCAUUAGGUGAUGAUACUUUUUGGUCCGUUAUCCACCAAAAGGUUGCCUCAAUUUUUAAAAUUCCUGAAGAUGAGCGCUCCGAAGAUAAGAGUCAGGAUAUUCAGAGGAUUCUCAUCCUGGUAAGAAAUGUUUUACAAGUUCCUGCGGAUACCGACAAUGAAAAGAGGACAGAUUCGGAGUGUACUGUUCAUGAUGCGGUCUUAUUUGCUCUUCACACAUCCGGAAUGGUCGACAUGUUUCUCUUUAUUGCUAGCAACCAACAUGAACAGCAAUAUCAGAUGCAUAUUUUGGAGAUCGUGUCGUUAAUGCUGAGAGAACAGAAUGCUACAAAACUAGGUGCUACAGGAUUACAAAAAACCACCGCCGAGAGAGAACGUGACGAAACUCAUCUUUUAACUGUCCGCAAACAAGAGAUUCGGCAGAAGAUCGAAAGGACUCGGAAAUACGCAGGUUCCAGACAUUCGCGAUUCGGUGGUACUUUUGUGGUGAGAAAUUUGAAGGCAAUUGGCGAUAACGAGCUUAUUUGCUACAAGCCUUUCCGCGAAAUUGAGACUCUGGAAUUCAGCCAACUGAAGACCAAAUCGAAACGGCCGAAGAACAAAUUGGGACCCAAAGGCGAAGAUUCCGAACGCGUAUCCGCGCUCAGCAUCAGACUAUUUUUGAAAGAGUUUUGCGUUGAGUUUUUGAACGGGGCCUAUAAUCCGGUGAUGAAAUACGCGAGGUUCUGCAUAGGUGGAGGCGAUCGUGCCCAGGCGAAUGACGAAAGUUAUUAUCUGUGGGCGAUGAAAUUUUUUAUGGAAUUCAAUCGAAACUCCAACUUCCACGUUAAAUUCAUCAGCGAAACAAUGUCCACUGAGACAUUCUACUUCGUUCAGAAACAGCUUGAGCAUUAUUACGAAAUGAUGAUUACGGAUAAAAAGAAUGUACCGUUGUGGUCAAAAAGGCUACAUCUGGCGUUGAAAGCCUAUCAGGAACUUCUUCGCUCACUGAUCGCCAUGGACAAUUGCGACGACGAGGAUGUCCGAAAGUCUAGCAAAGUUAUAAAAAACAACGUAUUCUACGUACCGGAAUACCGUGAAACCGUUUUGCAACAGUUGCUUUCCUACAACGAAGUAACUAUGAGCAGAAAUUAUCUCGCCGAUAUCGUCGAGACCGUUCAUAUUUUCCUCAAAAUGCUCGAGACGUUUUGCGGUCGGGGGCGCAGCAUUGUCGUACAACGGAUCAAAGCUAAACGACAAAAAGCUAAAAAAAAAUCAAAAGCCAGCGUCGAAGAGAGGCCGGCGGUGCUCAAUCUCGAAGAACGAUGGGACGAGGCGAGUCACCAAUUGUCUGCAGUUCUGCAGAGUUCCACGAUACCUGAAAUUACACCCUUCGACGCCACUCUGGACACGCCCAUCGACGAUCAGAAAGCAGAUGCUAUGAAACGAGUGCAACGAUUUCUCCGCAAAAAUCAAUUCGACGAAGCAGUUGGUUUGCUCAGAGCAGCGCGCGAGGUAUGGCCAGAAAACGACAGCUUUGGAAGCGCCGGGAUUACAGAGGAGGAAGAAUUCAUGUCACUCAGAGAGAUAUACUUUGCUGAUUUGGGAGAUGUUGAGAAGGAGGAGGAGGUAACGACGUUUGGAGGAAGCCGGGAUGGAGACAUGGAAAAUGACGCCGAGUACGGUAACUCUGAAAACGAAGACGAGGACGAAGCGGAGGAGGCAGAACGGAGAGUCGAGGAAACGGAUUUCAAAUUCGAGGACUUUCUUUAUCGGUUCGUCAACGUUAAGGUCAUCAAGGCUUGCGCCCUUCUGCUGAGAGAUUUCGACAAAAAUAGCCACGAGGUGAAUCAUUGCACCCUGAAGCUGCUCCAUCGCGUAGCGGUUCGAUGCAAAACACCCGCAAUGAUUUUCCAAGCUUCGAUAUUUCGGACGUUCCAAAGAAUUCUAGAAUCCAAAAACAGCGAGCACAAGGAGCUGGCAAAGUUCGCCGUAUUUAUUAUCAGGAAUUUUGCGAAAGUUGCGGAAAAAAAUCGCAAGGUAUUCAUGGAGCUUCUGUUUUGGAAAACGACACGUGACGCGGCUGAAAUCGUCGAGGGGUACGGAAGCGAGCCACCGAACAAGAAGCUCUCGCGGACCUUGUGGACGGAGGCCGAAGAAGACGAGCUUCGCACCCUAUUCAUGGAACAUCAAACCAAAAAAUAUCCGAAAGACCUCGUAGACUGGCUACUCGAGAAUAUAAUCAACGACAGCCGCACCAGAAGAGGCAUCAUCAAGAAGUUGAAGGAGAUGUGUCUCAUCGUCAAUUCAAAGAAAAUACGCAACGAGAUAAGUCAACGAUUGCCAAAAGAGUGGUCGGAAGAAGAGAUAGCCCAGUUGGCUGAGAUCUGGGAAAUUGUAAAAGAAGACAACGAUCCGGUGGAUAUGAUUCACACGGAGCUAAGGGUGAAGCGACCGAAGACGAAGAUCAAAGAUAAGCUGAUUGAACUCGGCUUGGCGAAGGACCGUAAAGAGUUGCGGAAAAAACGCCGCACGAAAAACAUCUCUGGGAAAUCAAAGAGCGGAGAGGAUCGUGAAAACAGCGAUUCUGAUACCGAUCGGGAAUCCGGAGACGAAUCCGACGACUCUUCGAAAAAAUCGCAAAUCACUCCACAGAGGAACAAGCGAUCGAAGAAACGACUGACAAUAUCGAAGACCGGGAAACAGCCAACCGUUUCAUAUACGAAUGCCCAACUGAGCGGUCUCCUGAAGGACAUAAUUGACAACGGGGCGAUACGGGAUGCCUUGGAGUGGAUUAAGGAGUCGCUCGAGGACGCUCUCGAAGAUCGCGACGAGGAAUCGACCGACGGGACCCCUUUGGUGCCUAUUACCGACUCCGCCAAUGCCGCUAUGGAUAUCCCGAGCUUUCAGCGUUUCUUGCGGGCUUCAGGAAUCGAACCGCCGGCCGAUGAACAGGAAUCCUACUGGCGCAUUCCUGCGAACAUGCUGAGUACCACCAUCAGGAAUCGAAUUGAAUUCAUAACCGACGCGUUGCAAGGCAAAUUUCCCGAUGAAGACGCAGUCGUUCCCGAAUCAUCUGGUGUAGGGAUGCGGGAUCACGAUGACGAAGACGACGACGACGACGGCGCUGAUGUAUUCGAGAGUAUUAAGAAAUUUUUUGCGCCAAGGUCCCCGGAACGUUCGGCAGACGCAGAACCCAACUCGACUGGCAACGGCAGCAGCAGCAGCAACGAUGGUAAAAUAGCAAGGAAAGGGACUGCCGAGGAAUCAGAAGAACAGAAAGUCGAAGAAGUAACGAGUGGCGGUAGUGACGUUGCUGCGGUCGAAGCCGAAUCUUGGAAAGGAAGAACAAACACCAGUCGUCGUCUCGAAAGAGCUCGCGCGCUGUGGGAGUCGGAUUCCGAAGACGAGGGUGAAACGCAAGAACAACCACGGGAAACAAACAUCGCCUCUGCAGAUGAGACAAAAAGAAUCAGAAUCGAUCCUUCGGACGAGGAGGAAACCCCGGCUAGAAAAAAACGUCGUCUUCUGCACGGUGACGUCGACGAAGAGGCGAAAAAACCAAAGCGACGUCUCGCGGUCAUGGUCAGUGACGACGAAGACUAAUAAUCACCCCUGAAAAUUAAUCCACGACAAUUAUACCAUGAAAUUUAACCGAUGUAAAUUGAUAAAAUUUUGAAUUGUAAGAG